AUGCCGCGGAGACAACACGACCGCCAGUACGACUUGGUCGUCUUCGGUGCUACUGGUUACACCGGAAAGUAUGCCGUCCAGUACAUCACCACCGACCUGCCAACUGAUCUGAAGUGGGCCGUGGCUGGCCGCUCUCAGUCCAAGUUGGAGAAAGUUGUGGCCGAGUGCCAGAAGCUCAACCCAGAUCGGGCUCCCCCUAGCAUCGAAAUCUGCAACUUGAACGAUAUCGACCUGUCCAAUUUGGCCAAGAAAACCUUCAUUCUCAUUACCACCGUGGGUCCCUAUGGCCAGUACGGUGAACAUGCCUUCAAGGCCUGUGCGGAGAAUGGCACUCAUUACUUCGACGUCACCGGAGAGGUCCCCUUUGUGGCUAAGAUGAUCAAGAAGUAUGAAGCUGCUGCCAAAGAGAGCGGCGCAGUCAUGCUUCCGCAGAUUGGCGUUGAAUCUGCCCCAGCAGACUUGAUCACCUACUCCCUUGCCUCGUUCAUUCGUGAGGAGUACUCCUCUCCUACCGCUGACGUUACGCUCUCGAUCCACAACCUCAAGAGCUCCCCUUCAGGCGGUACACUCCGCACUGUCUUUACCUUGCUUAACAACUUCACCCUCUCCGACGUGCGCGCCGCCUACGAGCCCUACGCUCUAUCCCCCGUACCGCCCGCCAAGCCCCCUCCGUCCCUGCCCAUCUUCACCCGCCUGACAGGCCUCAUCCAAGUCCCGUUCCUCGGGCUGUUGACUACCUCUGUCGCUGGUUCGACCGACGCUGCUAUUGUGCAUCGCUCGUGGGGUAUUUUCGCCAAGUACCCGGCCCUCUGGCUGCGGGGUCGGCAGCAAAACGAUGCUGAGCGGUCGACUAGCUAUGGACCCAAUUUUUCUUUCCGGGAGUUCAUGCGCUCGCGAAACUGGCUGACUGGGUUGGGUAUCCAUAUCGGACUGCUGUUGCUGGGCUUGGUGAUGGUAACGCCGUUCCUGAGGGAGCUGGCUGCCAAGUGGGUGGUCCAACCUGGUGAUGGCCCGGAUCCGGAGACUGCCAAGUUCGAUGAGCUAGAAUAUAGGGGUAUUGCGACGGCAGAUGGGAAGAAAAAGCGGGCGCUAUGUAGGGCUUGGUUCAUGGGAAGCCCGUAUUACUGUAUCCUGCUUGCCGAAGCUGCUCGCACGCUGCUGGAGGAAGAAGUUGAACUCCCUGGUGGCAUCUACACCGCUGCAUGUCUUGGACAGCCGUUUAUUGACCGGCUGGAGCGGGCCGGCUUCCAUCUCGAGACGAAGUGCUUGGAGCACUAA